CCUAUGCCCGAGCCCUAUGCCGGAGCGGGCGCCCUCCCCGGCUCAGCCGCCCGCCGACCAUGAAGUGCUCGUUGCGCUUCUGCUUCCUCUCGACCGCCUUCCUGCUCGUCUUCGUCAUGUCCCUCCUCUUCACCUACUCCCACCACAGCAUCGCCUACCUGGAUCCCGGCGGGCUGGGCGGCAUUCACCGGGUGAAGCUGGUGCCCGGUUACGCCGGCAUGCAGCGGCUCAGCAAGGGGGGGCUGUACCCCCGGGGCUGCGCCUGCCGCCGCUGCCCGGCCGAGGAGGCCGGGGCUGCCGACUGGUUUGACGGGCGCUACGACGGCACCAUCUCCCCAGUGUGGACCAAGGAGAACAUGGACCUGCCACCCGACGUCCAGAGGUGGUGGAUGAUGCUGCAGCCCCAGUUCAAGUCCCACAACACCCACGAGGUCCUGAGCAAGCUCUUCCAGAUUGUCCCGGGCGAGGAUCCCUACCGCUUCCGCGACCCGCGCCGCUGCCGCCGCUGUGCCGUGGUCGGCAACUCGGGCAACCUGCGUGGCUCCGGUUACGGGCCGGAGAUCGACAGGCACGACUUCGUCAUGCGGAUGAACCAGGCCCCCACAGUGGGUUUUGAGGGCGAUGUGGGCGGUCGGACCACUCACCACUUCAUGUACCCCGAGAGUGCCAAGAACCUGCCCGCCAACGUCAGCUUCGUGCUGGUGCCCUUCAAAACCCUGGACCUGCUCUGGAUCGCCAGUGCCCUCUCCACCGGCCAGAUCAGGUUCACGUAUGCACCCGUGAAGCCUUUUCUGCGGGUGGACAAAGAAAAGGUGCAGAUCUACAACCCUGCCUUCUUCAAGUACAUCCACGACCGCUGGACGGAGCACCACGGGCGCUACCCCUCCACCGGCAUGCUGGUGCUCUUCUUCGCCCUCCACGUCUGCGACGAGGUCAACGUCUUCGGGUUCGGCGCCGACAGCCGGGGCAACUGGCACCACUACUGGGAGAACAACCGCUACGCCGGGGAGUUCAGGAAGACGGGGGUGCACGACGCCGACUUCGAGGCGCACAUCAUCGACAUGCUGGCCAAAACCAGCAAGAUCGAGGUUUACCGGGGAAACUGAGGGCUGCGCCUCCUCCGGCUCCCCGGCACCGGCCGGGUCCCGGCUG